AAUGAUUUUGAUAAAAAGAUUAAUUUACCAUUUGGAUCGUCUUUAGGAUUAAAGAUUCUUCAAUAUAUUGAUCCUGGAUUACAAGCAGAUAUUUAUAGUGAUGAACCAUGGGCAUAUAGUCCAUUAGUUUAUACCAUGAAUAAAAUCAACUUAUACGAAGAGCCUAUUAUUAAAGGUGAUGAAUGGUUGCCAUCAUGGCCUUCUUCAAAUGGUGAACAUAUUGAGGAGGAUGUAAACUGUCCAAGUGAAGGUGUAGAAUUCAAAGAUGUUUCCGAAAGAAAAAAAUAUUUUGAGAAUGAGACAAACAGGAAACAAUUUCAAAUUAAAGAUAAUCAAAUAUGGAAUUUUGAUUUCUUUAAUUCUUAUAUAGAUUUUAAUGAUGUUGCUGUAACGUUACCUGGAUUUAAGCUUGGAGUCCUACAAUAUUGGGAAGGCCAACCUGUUCGUUACGUGUGUAAAACACGCGGCGAAAAGCGCGACUCUUCGAUUGUUUUUUUUGUCGUUGUAUUUCAAUUGGUUGAAGAAGAGGAUGACAAUACAAUAACGAUGAGCAAAAGCGAGGAUAUUAUUAAAGAAUCAAAUAGUUAUGAUGUAGAAGAAAUACUAUCUCCUGAAAAUCAUCCUGAUAUUGUUAAUUUUACUCCAAAAACCGGUGCAAGGUGGGCAUCACAAAAAUCUCCAACAUCACUCCUUCCAUUUACAAAAAGCAAAAAAGAGGUUUUUUUAUCACCAUCUCCAAUGUCAUUAUCACCAGCUGCUUCGAUUGAUAGUAAUAAAUUUAAUGCGGCUUUUGAACGAGAUGAUAUGGAAGAUGAUAUCAAAGAUUAAUUUAAUAAACAUUAUUAAACAUUAUGGAAAGAGUAGUAUAUCUAAAAAUAUAAUUUUAUUAAUAAGAAAUUGAUCCUUGAAAUUGCAAAAUAAAGAAAAUAAAGACAUUAACAUCUGAAAGAAUGGGGAAUCUUAAAAAAUAUUUACCGUUUGUUCUUUUUUUAUUUUAUUUUAAAAUGAAGACAGAAACAGGGGCACUAC